UCGCGUGAAGACGUCCAAGAAUGCUGGACCUUCCGUCAGGGCUCGGUGUGGGUGCCAAGGAGCAAGCGCUGGACGACGAUGCUGACAUUGACAUCUCGCGACUUUCAGCUGUAGACCGUGAUGCCAUCAUGGGUCGGGUGACGCCCGACGACAGUACGCCUCCCGAUGCCUUUGCGUUAGCGCAGAACGAGAUCCGUCGUGAGAUGAUCGAUCGAGGCAUCCAACCCAAAGGGUUCUACAAUGACGACGCAGCUCGAUUGCAAGAAGAGUUUAAUCGUGAACAUGCGUCGGAGAAAGAUUCGCGUAUGCAGCAGAAGAUUCAAUUCGCCGCCAAGAGUUAUCUCCGUGAGACUGUGCACAGACGCAAAUUGGAGCGCGAGAAAGAAGUGCGUGAGGAAGUCGAGGAGAUCGCUAAAAACCCGCAAUUGGAAGUGUGGCUUGGCCUCGCCAAGGCUGACGAGACCCCGAAGCAUGCGGACCUGCGUGUUAGUAGCAUCGGUGCUCGAGCUCUUUGCAAGACGCUGGCAUUCACGCACUCGUUACGGUCGCUCAAUCUCAGUCGCAAUGCUCUCGACGACGCGACGGGCAAGUGGCUGGCGUUGCUUCUCAAGCGCAACACGUCACUUCGUCGUCUGGAACUCGAGAGUAACUGUCUGGGUCCAUUAGCAGCCAAAGACCUGGCUGAGGCCUUGAGUACCAACGAAAGUCUCGAGUAUCUCAACCUGGAGAGCAAUCCACUCACGGACGAAGAGAAGGAUUUCUCCGGUGUGGCAGCGUUGGGCAAAAUGCUGGGCCAGAACAAGGCGCUGCGCACGUUGAACGUUUGGCGAACACGGCUCGGUGGAGAAGGUGGGAAGCAGUUGGCAAUGGGUCUAGCUCGCAACACAACGUUGAUAUGCCUAGACGUGGGGAACAACCGUAUCGCCACGGCAGAUGCCGUCUCACUCGAUGUGCAGCUCCAGAAGAACCGAGUGCUGUUUGAAGACCAGCAAUUGCAGCAGCUGAAAGUCCGCGAAGCGCAGUGGAAAGCUGCAGAUAAAGAGCGUGAGCGCCAGGACAAACUGGCGAAAAGACAGCAAGAUGAAGAGUGGAUGGAGAGGCGCAAGAUGGAGCGGGAACGCGACCGCGCGCUGCUUGAAGAGCAACGACAACGAGACCUCAAGAUCGAGGAGGACGGAAUGCGCCAAAUUGCAGCACGCAAAGCAGCAGAGUUCGCUGCAAAAGCCGAGAUGGAAAAGAAGAAAAAGAAGAAAAAGGGUGGGGCCAAGAAGAAGAAGAAGUAG